UGGGUAGCUAGGUGUGAAACCCACACUGCCAAUGAGAGGGAGGAAUGUGGAUGUUUUAAGGCCAGUGGUUGAACUAAUUAAUUUUAAUCUGAAUAAUAUUAAAAAUUGUGGAUUCCCUACAUUUUCUGUAAAGAGGAGGGGGAAAAAACAGCCAGGAGAAGGCUGCAAAAGUUGUUUUAACUGCAAUUGGAUGUGUUGUGGUUUGGUUUUGUGCAGUGUGAUAUCAUAACUGGGAUAGUUUUUGCAAUGCUAGUAUUUGGAUUGGAGGGAUUCCUUUCACACUGCAAUCUUCAUGCUAUAGCCCUUCAUUUCAGAAGAAAAAAAGUUUAGGAGGUUUUAGGUCUGUCUUGACUUCAUUUAAUGGCAGGUGGUUAUUUCUAUGUAGUGUGAUGCAGUGUCUACACAAAAUGUGUAUUUGUACACAAAAUUCAUUCUCAAUAAACAAAAAGUAGAGAGGCGUAAUAUGGGCAAUAUGGCUAUAUGGGUAUGGUACAUAUGGGUCUUUCACAUUCAAAGGGCAGCACUGGUGUCAAAAAAGAAAAUUCUGUUACCCUGACCAAGUUUUCUAUUGCUUUUUGUAGGUCCAAUCACUGACGAUGUAGCAACCCCCUGCGUUUUGCACAGUUGAAAGCGUCAUAAGAGCAUGUGACUGUGCUUAGGAUAGAGUUCACGGAGUUCAUGCUAAGUGCAAUGCUAAGCUAAAGGGUUAUUUAACAGGUUUUCAAGAACACUUGAAUAAUUGAUCUUCUCUUAUUCAAAAUCUAAAAUACAUAUGUUGGUCAAAUUUGAAUUGGAAAGCAGUUCAAAUUCUGUACUGAAGAGAAACUCUUUAUAACAGCCUGAGAUUUAAGAAACUUCUAUGUGUGAAAACAUUGACUAUAUUUAAAGUGACCAAAGUUGUAUUAAUUUUAACUGACUGACUCAAGGCUCCUUCUGAUUUUGAAGACAUGAAUCCAAACAUGGAUCUUUUUCUCCAAAGUGGUAGUACACUUUUAAUUUAAUUCUGAACUGUCAAAACAGCAAUAAUCCCUGUUCAAUGCAGAGUUAUCUGCUUUGACCAGUCUAAUUUUAGAUUGUGACAAUUAAAUAUUGUCUAGAUUUAUUAAUAAGCAGCGACACAUCUUUAGUUUAGUAUUAAAAUAUAUUACUUUUGUAGCUGAUCAGUAUUAGCAAAUCUAAUGAGCAGUCUUUAUUAGUUUGCUCUGUCACAAAAUCAAAAACUUAAUUCUUUCUUUUUAGAAAACAACUACUAAUGCCUUUAUAACCUUUAAUUACAGUUGAGUAGCAGUGGUGCACAAACUCCACCCCAGCGGGUGGCAGCAUUUUGUCAGUUGCAAAAAACAUACAGAGGAUGCAUUGACAGAUUAGAACAUUUGCUAAAAAGUGAUGGAUGACGAGACCAAGUUUAAAACCAAAAUAAGCCUUAAAUUAAUUUUCACCCACACCAAUAGAUGUUUAUAGAUAGAUAAAUUGCCCUUCAAUCAGAUGAAGCUUGAGCAAUAUUACAAAAUUCAUGGGCAAUCAUUUAAAAUCCUAAGUGUAACAAAAACUGUAACUGCAGCAAAAAAGUAUACUAGACUCCAGGAGGAUGAGUGCAUGUUACUCUUUUCAUAUAUUUUUACUUCAAUUUUACACUCAUAAAUUACAGUAUGUGUUGGUCUGUCACGCAACAUCCUACUGUACACUAAAGUUUGUUCUUGUGACAUAAUUUGACAAGGUUCAGGGGGUAUUAAAACUAAAGCAAGGAACUACAUAAAGAUUAUUCCACUAGAUAUUAUAUUUAAGAUUAGAUUGAUGGCAAGGAGGCUUCCCAUACAUAUCCCAUUCUCCCUGUAUCAUUCCCAUUUUGGCCCCCUCUUGGUGGCCCAGGGCCGGUUUCAUGUCAGCACCACCACUGCUCAGAAAAUAGAUUCGUGAAAGUAUUUUUUUUUUAAUUAGGAAAUCAGAGGAUAGAGUCCAGGAUGUUGACUGGACUCUGUGCAUUUUUCUAUAAUACAUAGUGUCCAGUCAACCAGAUUAAUUAAAUUAAUUAAUCUGUGAGACUGAAAGGAAUCGGGGCAGGUCGAAUAGGAGACUGCUGGUCAGUGCGGAGCAUUUUUGUGCACAUAUGUCCAUGGAUGACUGUUGGCUCGGUCACUCUUUAAGCUUUGCACAUGGAGAGACUGUUAUCUUGACUGAGGCUUUGACCUGCUGCACAAAAAAAAACAGCUGCUGAACAAUGGGGCAGCAGCUUGAGGGCAGGAGGGCACAAACAACGCUCCAAAUAGGGCAAAGGUCAGCUGUGGUAGGUCCAGAUGUGACUGUUGGCUGGACUCCCCUGAACUGCAUGAUCCCGCUCCGACAGGCUGCGUUUGUUCUAUUCUGAAAAUGCGACGCGCAUACCUGCCACCGAAACAGCGACAGCCCAAAAAGAGCCGCGGGCGCUACAAUGCUAAUGUUGUCGGGGGCUUUGACUUCUCCCAGCCACUGCAAAGAAGCCGCUCUGUGUGACAGGCACGGCGCUGCCGCUCUCCCUCCCGAUCUGCCGCUUUUCACGCCUUUUUUCGCACAUUUUAGCAGGUGCGCUUCAAGAGAAAAGAAGAAGGGAAAAAAGAAAAGAAAAGCCGAUCUCCUGAACGUUUUACGUAAGUACUGCAAGUAAUGGACGAAACGGAUAUCAUGGACCUAACGCAUCAGAAGGCGAAGAAGCGACCGCGUCCAAUCAGUUCCGUGGAUGAGACGGUGCACGCUUCGCUCAAGCGGCUGCCGAUGCGAGCGGCAGAGUGCAGGGAGCCCUCCCUGAUGUUCUCUGUCAGAGGAGAGCCUGUCCCUGCAGCGUCUCUCAAGCAGAAUGACCACUCGGUGACUUCCUCUCCAACCACAGUGAUGCCAGCACAGGAUAAUCGCUCCAGCAUGUCCAGACCCAUGAUCACCCGAUCACCAGUGUCUCCCUUGAGUAACCAGGGCAUCCCCACACCUGCACAACUCACUAAAUCCAACGCCCCUGUGCACAUUGACGUAGGCGGCCACAUGUACACCAGCAGUUUGGCCACCCUAACCAAAUUUCCUGAAUCCCGAAUCGGUCGUCUCUUUGAUGGCACAGAGCCCAUAGUCCUGGACAGCCUGAAGCAGCACUACUUCAUUGAUAGGGAUGGACACAUGUUCCGCUACAUUCUCAACUUCCUCAGGACGUCCAAGCUCCUCAUUCCCGACGACUUCAAAGACUACAGUUUGCUGUAUGAAGAGGCCCGAUACUUCCAGCUGCAGCCCAUGCUUGCAGAGUUGGAGCGCUGGCGUCAGGACCAGGAGCUGGGCCGGGUCUCCCGGCCCUGUGAGUGCCUAGUUGUGCGCGUUGCGCCUGACCUGGGUGAGCGAAUCACCCUCAGCGGCGACAAGGCCCUGAUCGAGGAUGUUUUCCCAGAAAUCGGUGAUGUCAUGUGUAACUCUGUGAACGCUGGAUGGAACCAUGACUCCACACAUGUCAUACGCUUCCCGUUGAAUGGCUACUGUCACCUCAACUCUGUCCAGGUUCUGGAGCGUCUUCAACAGCGCGGAUUCGAGAUUGCUGGCUCUUGUGGCGGAGGCGUGGACUCAUCCCAAUUCAGCGAGUAUGUCCUGAGGAGGGAACUGAGGAGGACAAGUCAGCGAGGACCCAAUUCAAACAGGAUAAAGCAGGAGCAGCUGGACUAGAAACCUCCAGGGCAGCAGGAGGUGCUAGACUUUUCUGUAGCAGCCAAACAAUCAGGGCUGCAGAGCUCUCUGGACUCUGUUUUUCUGCAUUUCCUUGUUGAUGUUUCUGUUUUCUUACACUUGAGAACCACAUAGAGAAUAAAAAUGAAGUGCAACAGGAGAUUUUUGCCAUACGAAGAUAUGAGGCAUUUGAUAACUUUGAGAUUGCAAAGACAUUUGUGAUUGUCUAGUACCCCAUAAACCAGUUCAAAAAGUAUUUAUAUAUAUAUGCUGGAUCCCCAAACAAAGUUUGUUUUAAAACUUGCAGCCUACAUUAGGUCAAAAAUUUGAUUUCUAACAUACUCAUAUGAAUUAAAAGUCUUUUAUUGCUGAAGUAGUGUGUUGCAUAGCUUGUCGUCAGUGACUGUUUUUGUUGUUUCACUAGCAUAUUGAAUGCAGAAUUUUUUUUGCCCCCCUCGAAAAACGAAUUUUGUGUUGCUUAGAGAGCAGAAUGUCUCAGACCUUAUCAACAUCUAUGUUAAGAAAACACAUUUUUCACAAGUGACAUGUACAGAAAAUCCAAUGAAGUUGUGUUUUUGAAAUUAGCCAUCAAGGACGUUGCAAACACAGUGGAAAUGAAUAUUUUUGUAAAUUAUUGUCGCACCAUUUGCCUCACAGGAUAGUAUGAACCACCAUUCCGUGUGAUACCUUAGGACUUGUUUCAUUGGAAUCUAAUUUUUCUCAGUCACGACCUGUAAAUUUUCAUUGUAUGUCUUUGUGUUUUUUACAUUGAAUCUUUUUAAAGCAAGUUUCUUGCCUCAGACAUGACUGAACAGAUUAAAAGCUUAUUGUACUAUCCAAACUGAGAUGACUUGUAUUUGUAGCACAUAUUGAUAUGAAGUUCGAUAUAAAGUAUUUCUAAGAUUACUGAAACACCUACGCUCCUUAGAUUUAAGGGGAAUGUAGAGUAAAAAAAAUGUGAAAUAAAUCUCAGCUAAAGUUGUAA